UCAUCAUCACUACCAUCAUCAUCACUACCAUCAUCAUCACCAUAACCAUCACUACCUAACUCACACCUAAACUCACCCCACCUCCACCACCACAACCACAACCCCAAUCAUGCACUACACCGCCGCAACCGCCAUCCUGGCCUUCGCCUCCGCCGCCGUCGCCGCUCCCCAGCUCGACAAGCCCAUCUCCCCCCCGUGGACGCAGAGCACCAACUUCCGCCUCGUCGCCAACGUCACCGGCGCUGACCUCACCCCCUCCAUCCAGGACUACGUCCUAACCUCCUACCACGUCGGCGCCGGCCAGGCCGCCGCCGUCCUCGUCCCCAACGACGCCACCAACCCCGGCCGCCAGUUCUACGUCAACGGCACGGCUGAGGACAUCCGCUACAACCGCGGCAACAUCCUCACCAGUGGCGGAACUCCUCCCUUCCCCUUCGGCAUCCAAGUCUCCCCCGCCCCCGCUACUGCCGUCACCAUCAACGCCGGCCUCGGCACGACCAGCGUGGGACUCGAGCGCUUCCCUUCCCCAGUGACUUACCUCACUGCCCCUGAGGCGGCCACCUACGUCGCUUGCAACCAGCAGCUUCCGUUCAGCGAGGCAAUUGCCCUGAAUGUGCUGCGCACUGGCGAGGCAGUCCCGGGUGGGUGUGCGCAGGUGAGGCUGCUGCCGCAGUGCUCGGAGGGUGAUGGAUCGGUGCAUGAGACUGAGAACACUGUGCAGUGCUACGUGGAUGUUGCGGGCAUUGACUGGAGCUUGUACAUUGAUUAGGGGGGUGAAAAUUGAGGGGGGAAGGGAGGAGUGAGAGGGGAGUUUUGUUUUCGAGCGUGCCAUAUUAUCAUAUUGUUUAAUUAGAG